CCUCCUCCUCCCCUGCUCCCCGUCCGCUCCUCCUCUCCUCCUCCCCACCUCCCUCCUCCUGCUGAGCGGAACAGAAACGCGCUCACCGCCUCGCUACCCUCCCACCUCUGUGGCCUUACUACAACACACCUCUUAUCAUCGCCAGGAUUCCGAACCACAACCCCGCCAAACUCAACAUAGUGAGAAGGACUCAAAUUAUGUCAACAUCUGGAUCAUCUUCUACUGCACGACUUUAAACAAGACAGUCCCAUGGGAAAUAGCGGAAGAUCGGCGGCAGAGUGGAGAUGUUCUCAAAGAGGCCUCCUCCGGAGGAGGAGAGAAGGGUGCGGGCCAAUGACAGAGAGUACAACGAGAGAUUUCAGUAUGCGAGUAACUGCAUCGUGACAUCAAAGUACAACGUCCUGACCUUUCUGCCCGUCAACCUCUUCGAGCAGUUUCAGGAAGUGGCGAAUACCUACUUCCUGUUCCUGCUCAUCCUGCAGUUGAUACCUCAGAUAUCCUCCCUCCCCUGGUUCACGACCAUAGUGCCUUUAGCUCUGGUACUGAGCAUCACUGCGGUGAAGGAUGCCACAGACGACUAUUUUCGACAUAAAAGUGACAACCAAGUGAACAACCGUCAGUCUCAGGUCCUCAUCCCUGGCUCUCUUCAGAACGAAAAGUGGAUGAAUGUUCGAGUUGGGGAUAUUAUUAAACUGGAAAAUAACCAGUUUGUGGCAGCUGACCUGCUGCUGUUGUCCAGCAGCGAACCUCACGGCCUUUGUUACAUUGAGACAGCUGAGCUUGACGGAGAGACCAACAUGAAGGUGCGUCAGUCGGUGCCAGUGACCUCUGCGCUGGGAGACUCAAACAACCUGGCAACGUUCGAUGGCGAGGUGGUGUGUGAGCCUCCGAACAACAAGCUGGACCGCUUCUCCGGGACGCUGUACUGGAGGGACUGUAAAUGUGUCCUGACCAAUCAAAACAUGCUGCUGAGAGGCUGCGUCCUGCGCAACACUGAGGCAUGCUACGGCCUCGUCAUAUUCGCUGGACCAGAUACUAAGCUGAUGCAGAACAGCGGUCGCACCAAGUUUAAACGUACAAGCAUCGACUGUCUGAUGAACACCCUGGUGCUCUGGAUCUUCUGCUUCCUGGUGUGUAUGGGCGUGAUCCUGGCAGUGGGCAACGCGGUGUGGGAGAAGGAGGUGGGCUCCCUGUUCCAGAGCUACCUCCCCUGGGACCCCCCAGUGGACAACUUCAUGUUCUCGGCCUUCCUCUCCUUCUGGUCCUACAUCAUCAUCCUCAACACCGUGGUGCCUAUCUCCCUCUACGUCAGUGUGGAGGUGAUCCGGCUGGGCCACAGCUACUUCAUCAACUGGGACCGACAGAUGUUCUGCUCUCAGUGCCUCACGGCCGCAGAGGCCAGGACCACCACCCUCAACGAAGAGCUGGGACAGGUGGAAUACAUCUUCAGUGACAAGACUGGGACUCUCACGCAAAAUAUAAUGAGCUUCAAUAAAUGUUCCAUCAAUGGCCAAGUCUAUGGUGAAAUAACAGACCCCCUGGAACCUAAGCCAAAGAGACUGGACUUCACAGCCUUCAACCCCCUGGCGGACCCGGAAUUCUGCUUCUACGACGCCGGACUGCUGGAGUCGGUGAAAGUGGGCGAGCCACGCACACACGACUUCUUCCGCCUGCUGUCCCUCUGCCACACCGUCAUGAGCGAGGAGAAGAGCGAGGGGGAGCUGCUGUACAAGGCCCAGUCUCCAGACGAAGGCGCCCUGGUCACGGCCGCAAGGAACUUUGGCUUUGUGUUCCGCUCCCGGACCCCCGGCACCAUCACGGUCUCCGAGCUGGGCCGACCAGUCACCUAUUCCCUGCUGGCCAUCCUUGACUUCAACAACAUACGCAAACGAAUGUCUGUCAUUGUGCGUGACCCCCAGGGCCGGAUCCGUCUGUACUGCAAAGGAGCGGACACCCUGCUGAUGGAGAGGCUCCACGCCGGCAGUCAGGACCUGAUGAACGUCACCUCAGACCAUCUCAACGAGUUUGCGGGGGACGGACUGCGGACCCUGGCGCUGGCGUCCAGGGAGCUGACGGAGGAGCAGUGGGAGGACUGGGCGGAGAGCCACCGCGCCGCCGACACGGCCGCCGACCUCAGGGAGGAGCGCCUGGCCGCGGCCUACGAGCAGAUAGAGCAGCACAUGACGCUCCUGGGAGCCACAGCUAUAGAAGACAAGCUGCAGGAGGGGGUUCCUGAGACCAUCGCUAUCCUCUCUCUGGCCAACAUCAAGAUCUGGGUCCUCACUGGAGACAAGCAGGAGACUGCGGUGAACAUCGGCUACUCCUGCAAGAUGCUGACGGACGACAUGGGGGAGGUGUUCAUCGUCAACGGCCACACGGUGCAGAGUGUGAGACAGGAACUGAGGAGGGCCAGGGAACGCAUGGUUGAGCUUUCCCAAACCCAAGGAGGAGCAGGAGGAGCAGGAGAAGGAGCAGGAGGAGAAGAAGAAGGAGCAACAGGAGGAGAAGGAGGGGGAGCAGGAGGAGGAGCAGAAAGUGGAGCAGGAGGAGGAGUAGAAGAAGGAGCAGGAGGAGCAGAAGGAGAAGCAGAAGGUGGAGAAGGAGGAGGAGGAGCAGGAGGCAGAGCAGGAGGAGGAGUAGAAGAAGGAGCAGAAGGAGAAGCAGAAGAUGGAGCAGGAGGAGCAGGAGGCAGAGCAGAAGGAGCAGGAGGAGGAGAAGGAGCAGGAGGUGGAGGAGCAGAAGGUGGAGCAGGCGGAGCAGGAGAAAGAGGAGCAGGAGAAGGAGGAGGGGGAGCAGGAGAAGGAGGAGGGGGAGCAGGAGAAGGAGGAAGGCAGGACAGUCGUAUAGAGGGGUGGAGGGAGGGCUGUCUGAUAAGGAAUGGAUAUGGGGCCAAUGAAGCCACAGCAGAAUAUGAAGGAGGUGGGAAACAGCAGAGUGAUCCUCCUCCUCCUCCUCCUCAUGCUCCUGCUCCUCUUUCUCCUCCUCCUGCACCACCUCCUCCACCUUCCUCCUUCUCCAUGGACAACAUAUCGGGAGAGUUUGCUCUUGUCAUCAGCGGCCACAGCCUGGCCCACGCUCUGGAGGCAGACAUGGAGGCGGAGCUGCUGAUGACGGCGUGCGCCUGCAAGGCGGUGAUCUGCUGCAGGGUGACGCCCAUGCAGAAGGCCCUGGUGGUGGAGCUCAUCAAGAAGCACAAGAAGGCCGUCACUCUGGCCAUCGGGGAUGGGGCCAACGACGUCAGCAUGAUCAAGAGUGCUCAUAUCGGUGUGGGUAUCUCUGGCCAGGAGGGUAUCCAGGCGGUGCUGGCCAGUGACUACUCCUUCGCCCAGUUCCGCUUCCUGCAGCGCCUCCUGCUGGUGCACGGCCGCUGGUCCUACCUGCGCAUGUGCCGCUUCCUCUGCUACUUCUUCUACAAGAACUUUGCCUUCACCAUGGUGCACUUCUGGUUCGGCUUCUUCUGCGGCUUCUCCGCCCAGACAGUAUAUGAUCAGUACUUCAUCACGCUCUACAACAUUCUCUACACAUCUCUACCUGUGCUCGCCAUGGGGAUAUUUGACCAGGACGUCCCGGACCGGAGGAGCCUGGAGUACCCCAAGCUGUACGAGCCGGGCCAGCUCAACCUGCUGUUCAACAAGCGGGAGUUCUUCAUCUGCAUCUCCCAGGGCAUCUACACCUCGCUGGUGCUCUUCUUCGUGCCCUACGCCGUGCUGUCCCACGCCAGCCAGGACACGGCCGAGCCCCUGGCCGACUACCAGACCUUCGCCGUCACCACGGCAACAGCCCUGGUCAUUGUGGUCAGCGUCCAGAUUGCUCUGGACACAGGCUAUUGGACGAUCAUCAACCAUGUGUUUGUCUGGGGCUCGCUGGGCUUAUUCUUCAGCAUCAUGUUGGCCAUGCACAGCCAGACCCUGUUCAGCUCCUCCCCCAACCAGUUCCAUUUCGUCGGCAGCGCACAGAGCACUUUACUGCAGCCGGUGGUAUGGCUGACCAUCGCCUUGGCAACAGUGAUCUGUAUCGUUCCAGUUCUGGCGUUCCGCUUCCUCAAGCUUGACCUGAAGCCCCAGCUGUCUGACACGGUGCGCUACACACAGCUGGUGCGGCAGAAGAAGCGCAAGGCGUGUGCUUCAGCGGGGGGGGGGGGGGUCCGCGGGGCGGCGGGCAGCACGUCGGAGGGCCGGCUAGGGGCCCGCGGGGGCUCCCGGAGGUCGGGCUACGCCUUUGCCCACCAGGAGGGCUUCGGCGAGCUGAUCACGUCGGGCAAAAACAUGCGUCUUUCCUCACAGGCGCUGGCGUCCUUUGCCUCGCGCCACAGCUCCAGCUGGAUCGACACGCUGCGCAAGAAGAAGCACAGCCACGCCCCCACCCCGCCCGGCGCCGCCUCCGGCGACAGCAGCCCCGCCCCCAGCUGUGUGUCCGGCUCGGCCGCUCCCCCGCUGUCCAACUCCCCCUCGGUGCUGGGGGGCUCCCAGGACGCAGCCAUAGAGGAGGAGGAGGCCCGCACCCCUCCGCCCUCCCCCCUCCAGGCCAAGCCCGGCUUCUCUAUGUUGCACGCAAGACCCCCCAGCACCACUCUGCUGGCGGCCUCGGAGUCCACUCAGGGCCCCUCCACUGGGGGGGGGCCCGGGGACACGGCCCCUUCAGCACAGGGAGAGUCGGGGGGCUGGACCCUCAGUCUGGGAGCGGUGCAGGAGGCCCUGUCCAACUGGAGGAGCCUCGGAGUUCGCUCCAGCAGCCCCGGCCCGCCCUCCCUCUAGGGUACCCCAGAGGAGGCCAUCCAGCUGGGACUGAGGCCUGGAAUUUGUGGGAGGAGACAGCUGCUGGAUCAGUCCAUGAUGAUUGUGGACAGAGAGCAGCCAUAGCCCCGUAGCAAAGCCACUCUGAGAGAAGAGUUAAAUUCACUUUCCUUCCCUGGUGAAUAGUUUGAAAUAUUAUUUACGACGCGAUCACUGUGUGCGGCUAGAACAGGAACUCAGAAACACUAAUAACAUUAUUUAUCUAAAAGAGCAAGAGAGGGUUCUUAAGUAAAGGUCUAUGAUUGAUGUGAUAUCCUCCCCUGGAUGCAACAACAUAUUGAAAUUGAUUCAAUCAAUGCUAUCACAUACAAAUGUGAUGCAAUAUGGUAUGACAGAGCCAUAACCACAUUUCAUGAAACAGAUAGUAAACCUUUAAUUCCCAUAAGACAAAUGGAUAAAAUCGUUAGCAUUUUCUCCCAUGCAAGCUGUACCUCAGCUCCAUUGGCCCUGUGCAGCAUUGCCAUAUUUAGAUCUACUGGAAAAUACCACUAGGGUUGCUCUAUAUAUAUGCCCUCCCAGUCUGGUUAUUGUACAAGUUUUUGCUGUGAAGGCAGCAUUAGGAACAUGUCAAUCGUUACGUAGAAAUUGUAUUUUUGCUAAUUAUUUUGUCUUGCAACAGUUCUAUAGAUGCGUCAGAAUAAGCAUAAAGUUGUGGAAAUAGUCCACUCAAGUCAUUUACAGGUGGAAACCUCUGGGGUGGGGGUUUUAAAGUCUGUGUUUACUGUAGUUCUCAGUGAGAACGUUAUUUAAAUGUAUUGAGACACAACAAGAACAGGCUUUCACUGUCUGUCACACUGCUCCUACCUCGGCUGGGGGUGCCUCGUGGUCAUACGCAUCACAUUGAUGAGAGAAACACAGCACUGUGGCGAGAUCAGAGGGGAGCUCUCUCUCUCAUCGCCUUUCAACUUGCUUUGCGAUUCAAGCAGGUACUCGGCUGAUUGUUGGGGAGGAAGAUGUGAAUCUCUGAUAACAUUUCAGAAAAAGCCAUACUUAAGGGGGAAUUAAGUUCAUGUAUGUGGCUUGGCAACAGAAAGACAACAUGUAAUAACGAGACGUAUGCUUUUAUUUUUGGAGAAAUUAGAAGGUCCAUGUGUGGAACCAGUAUGCCUGUACAUGUGGAAUAAAGGGUGCUUCACAUUUAUUGUAGUUCUUUCUUUUAAGAUCGGAACAAACCACAGCUGAAGUCCAACUCCCAAACCCUGGCUGAGAAAUUAUUUCAUCCUACACCAGCAGGGGAAAUAUUCAGUGUUACAAAUGCUUUGGUCAAGUACCAACCCAGAAAUAGGCGAGUGGCGAGAACAUUUAUAAGCGGAAAUCAGAUUGCUGUGCACUCUCACUACUGGUACUACUACAACUACUACAGCUGGUAUCAAACAAUUCAACAUGUGAAGAAGCAGUGAGGGAAUAAAGACUAGGUAGUGGAGGCUUGGUGUGGUCAGGGAAUAAAGAGUAGGUAGAGAGUGGUGGAUUGGUGUGGUCAGGGAGUAAAGAAUAGGUAGAGAGUGGUGGUUUAUUGUGGUCAGGGAGUAAAGAAUAUGUAGAGAGUGGAGGCUUUGUGUGGUUAGAAUAAAGCUCAUUGAGGUUGACAUGGUGUGGAGUUUGUUUGUCUGCUUAUUUUUACUCGACCCAAUAAACCUUUUUUUCCAACUCUGUCU